AUGGUGACCAUGAGAAGAGAGCUUAGACACGGGUUGUACAUACUACAAGGAGACAUUGUCAUAGACUCCACAGCCGUGUCUACACAAAUUAUAGACAAGACAGAAAUGUGGCACAAACGUUUGGGACAUAUGAGCCACAAAGGACUGCUUGAGUUGGGUAAGCAAGGUCUUUUAGAUUCUAAAGAUAUUAAUGAUAUAAAAUUUUGUGAUACUUGUGUAAUAGGAAAGUCUCAUAGAUUGAAAUCUUCUAAUUCAAUUCAUAGAACUAAAAGCAUACUUGAUUACAUACAUUCUGACUUGUGGGGUUCACCACAAGUCCUUUUUUCUCUAGGAAAAGCUCAUUACCUCUUGUCUAUAAUUGAUGAUUACUCUAGAAAGGUUUGGGUUUAUUUUCUCAAAACUAAAGAUGAAGCUUUUGGAAAAUUCAGAGAAUGA